AUGGCUGCCAGGUUUGGCAACUAUCUUGAUUAUAGUGGGGUUUCCAAAGCGCCAGCCUCGGCCACACACAUCCUCGACCCGCGACUGCAAAUCCUGGUGACGCUGAUCCCGGCCAUCUUCACCGCCAAGCACUGUCUCGACAUCGGCGCAAACGCUGGUAGCGUCAGUGUCCAAGUCGCAUUCGAUUUUAACGCCGCGUCCGUGACCGGCGUCGACAUUGACCCCAGCCUUGUUGGCCAGGCCGAGAAGCUUUACGCUCUGCGCGCCUCCCGUCGUCGGCCCCCAACUGCCCGUUCGGCUUCAGUGGUCGACUACUUCCCACUUUCGGCCGUCCUAGCCCACGGCUAUCGCGUAGAGCCCCAAAGCAAGGCUGCACCCAAGGCGUCGCCUGCGUUGGCUCUCCACGACGACGACGACGACUGCCCUCGCGCCGACUUCUUCGCCGCAGACUGGGCCCUGCCCACUGCCCGCCUGGAUCUAGAAGCGUAUGACCUGAUCCUAGCCUUAUCCGUCAUCAAAUGGAUCCAUCUGGAGCAUGGCGACGCAGGCCUCGUCGCCUUCUUCGCCAGGUGCAAGUCAUCCCUCCGGUCUGGCGGCUAUCUUGUCAUUGAGCUCCAGCCCUGGGAUUCGUAUCUCAAGGCCGUUCGCCCCAACCAUGCACCCCAUUUCAAGCAAGCCCUGGAUAAUCUCAAGUUCCGCCCAGGCUCGUUUGACAAACUCCUCCAAGAUCAAGGCCUCCAUCUCUGUGCUUCAUCCGACGCCCUGCCCCGCCGGAUCAACGUGUAUCAGAAAGCUUGACCACGGCAUCAUGCCAUGUGUCAGGCACCAAGUCUCUUCGCCAACACAACCUCAUCAAAGUAUCAGAAUGUUUUGUGCCCGCCCGACCACGCCAUAAUUCCCCAACGAAUAUUGGUAGGGAUGCAGCAGCGUCACAUUGUUUCAUGCUGUCCAAGUAAUCUAAUCAAACUCUAGUACUACUUGUGGACGAUGAUGUUGGCCAGAAGAUGAUGUUCUAACCGGUUUCUAUUAUCCUUCUGCAACCUUUCCUUGAUUCGUCGAUAGCUACCAUGGCACACAGUAAUUCC